AUGGUCUCCGUGGGUGAAGUUGUAGUUGUAGUUGUAGCAGCUUACCUACAUGGGUUGAGGAGAGCGGGCUGGGUAAGGCGCGGGAGGAAACCUGGGAAUGAAGAGGGCGGAGCGGAGCUUGGACCACUUCGCGCUGCAAAGACUUGGCAUUUCUAUGCCAAGACGCUUAUUUCCCAGCUCUCGAUUUGCCGGCUGCGGGAGCGGAAGGCACAAACAACAGUUACAAGCGAGGGAAUGCAUGAUGCCUUCCGGGGGUUAUUUACGGUAUACAGGAGCAUAUCCAAGUUUUAUUGUUCCGAGAUGAUUAUCUUGAAUGGAACAUCUUGA